GGUAUUUAAGCGCAAGAACAUUUUAUUUUUCUACAUAUUCUUCUCUAAGUCGAAGGAGACUCACCAGUUACAAACAUGUCUCGUUUCUUUGUCAUGUUCUUCCUCGCUUCAUUCCUCGUUGCGCUGUCAGCAUCCAUGCCUGACAGUGACAUUCAGGCUAGCAGCGUGAAAGCUGGCCAGUGCCCUCCUAAUGAUGUCAUAUCAAUUUGUAUGAUGGAUGAAUCAGCGUGCUUCAGCGACAGCGAAUGCCCUGACUCCUCUAAAUGCUGCUCCUGGGGCUGUGGGCGGAAAUGUGUCGCUGCUGUUUGAAUUAAUUGAACCCUGGUCGAGUUUGUGUCAACAAAUCUAAAUAGAUUUUGCUUGUUGUUUUGGUUUCAGAAUAUUUUGAUAUUCAUUAAAAUACAAAUUAAUUUUCAUUA